AUGGAUGUUGAUGGAGUCUGUGUGUUUAAAUGCUCAGUUAAUAAAGACACUGAAUACUGUCGCGUGGGAAAACAGUCUGUGUUAAUUACACUGGGAUACAACAGUGCCGUGCUCCAGUUCAAGUCACAAGCUGAAUGCAACAUAUUUUCAAAUGCACUGAAGAGAUGCCGUAGCCAGAAGGACUCUGUGUUCAGUGAGCGAACAGAUGAAACAUCCGCUGCUCAGUAUUUUCAGUUUUAUGGCUAUCUGUCUCAGCAGCAGAAUAUGAUGCAGGAUUUUGUGAGGACAGCCACUUACCACAGAGCUAUCCUACAAAACUACAUAGAUUUUACAGACAAGGUGGUCCUAGAUGUUGGCUGCGGAUCAGGAAUCCUUUCAUUUUUUGCAGUGCAGGCUGGAGCUAGAAAAGUCUAUGCAGUUGAAGCCAGUUCAAUGGUGAGAUAUGCAGAGCUGUUGGUGAGAAGCAACAACAUUUCUGAUAAGAUCACAGUUCUGUCUGGAAAAAUUGAGGAGAUAUCCCUGCCUGAGAGUGUUGAUGUGGUCAUUUCUGAACCGAUGGGUUAUAUGCUGUUCAAUGAAAGGAUGCUGGAAAGUUACGUCCAUUCCAAAAAAUGGUUGAAGUCGAAUGGAAUGAUGUUCCCAACUUUCAGUGAUGUUUAUUUGGCUCCUUUUUCUGAUGAGCAGCUCUACAUGGAACACUACUCCAGAGCCAAUUUUUGGUGCCAAGAAUGCUUUUAUGGGGUCAACCUGUCCAGCAUGCGCAAUGCAGCGGUGAAUGAGUAUUUCCGACAACCUAUUGUGGAUACCUUUGAUGUGAGAAUUCUGAUGGCCAGCACAGUGAAGUACACUGUUAACUUCAUGGAAGCUACUGAGGAAGACUUCCAUAGAGUGGAAAUCCCAUUUGUUUUCAAAAUGAUGCGGUCUGGAUUAAUCCAUGGCCUGGCCUUCUGGUUUGAUGUGGCAUUUGUAGGAUCAUUGGUUACUGUUUGGUUGUCCACUGCUCCAACAGAACCUCUCACUCACUGGUAUCAAGUACGCUGCCUUCUUCAGACGCCCCUCUUUGCUAAAGAGGGGGAAACCCUGUCAGGGAAAGUCUUACUUGUUGCCAAUAAGCGACAAAGUUAUGACAUUCAGAUUGUGGCUAUGGUGGACCAGACAGGAUUUAAAUCUGGCAAUGUUCUUGACCUAAAGACUCCAUUUUUUAGGUAA